AUGCUAUCUGCUUUGCAAAGCCUUAGCCUCGCAGCAAACAAUAUGAGUGGUUCAAUUCCCAGACAACUGGGACAGUGCUCAAAUUUACGUUACUUGAACUUAAGUAGGAAUAAGUUUAAUGAAGACAUCCCCUUUGAGAUUGGCAUAUUACAAUUCCUCCAGAUUCUUGAUCUCAGUCAUAACAUUUUGACAGGACAACUACCGUCUCAGCUUGCACAACUGCAACGCUUGGAGACAUUAAAUAUUUCCCACAACAGAAUUUCUGGUUCGAUUCCAUCUGCUUUUGACAACAUGUUGAGUUUGACAUCUGUUGAUAUAUCCUAUAAUCAGUUUGAAGGUCAACUUCCCAAUUCUAAAGCCUUUAGCGAAGCUCCAUUUGAAAGAUUGAGAAACAACAAAGACUUAUGUGGAAAUUCCACUGGUUUGAAGCCUUGCUCCUUUGCAAGCCAAAAUCCUCGAGGAAAAAGGAGUAACAAAGUCCUAUUGAUCUUAGUUCUUCUCUUUGGCAGUCUAGCUCUUUUAUUUGUCAUUGUUGGGGUAUUGUUAAUUCUUCGGAAAAGAAUAAGGGACAAAGAAAAAGUAUCAAGAGAAGCACAAACUGGAAUUCCCUUCACAUUAUGGUGCUGUGAUGGAAAAAUAGAGCAUUCCGACAUCAUUAAAGCAACAGAAGGAUUUGACUCGAAACAUUGUGUUGGAGAAGGAGGAUUUGGAAGUGUAUACAAAGCUGAGUUGCCAACAGGUGAAGUCCUUGCUAUUAAGAAACUCCAUACACAACCAGAAGGUGGAAUGACCAAUCUAAAAGCUUUUACAAGUGAGAUUCAUGCAUUAACUGAGAUAAGACAUCGCAACAUUGUGAAGCUUUAUGGUUUUUGUUUGAAUCCAGAGCACUGCUUUUUGGCUUAUGAGUUCUUUAAAGGUGGGAGCUUGGAAAAGUUGUUAAGCAGUGAGGAAAAAGCAAUGAAGUUUGACUGGAUCAAAAGGAUAAAUGUUAUUAAAGGUGUGUCAUAUGCUUUGUCCUAUAUGCAUCAUGAUUGCUCCCCUCCCAUAGUCCAUCGGGACAUAUCAAGCAAAAAUGUUCUACUGGACUUAGAUUACGAGGCUCACAUCUCUGACUUUGGCACAGCCAGGCUUCUAAAAUCUGACUCAUCCAACUGGACUUCAUUUGCUGGAACCUUUGGAUACUCGGCCCCAGAGCUUGCAUAUACAUUGGUGGUGAAUGAGAAAUGUGAUGUUUACAGCUUCGGAGUGGUGACACUAGAAAUAAUCACGGGAAAAUAUCCCGGUGAUCUGAUUUCAUCUCUAUCAUCAUCAACUUACCAUAAUUUGCUAUUCAAGGAUCUUCUGGACCAGUGCAUCUCACCUCCAACAAAUCAAAUUGUGGGGUAUAUUGUCUUCCUAAUGAAGGCAGUUUUCUUAUGCUUACAUAGCAAUUCAGAAUAUCGGCCAACCAUGCAGCAAGUAUCUCAAUAUCUAUCGAUUCCAAGGCCAGAUUUCCAGGAGCAAUUCCAUAUUAUGACAUUAGGUGAGAUUCUGAAAUUCGACUCCAAUAGUAUUCUGGUGAAAAACCCAUGCUCAAAAGUGAGGUUGUUUUCAGAGUUGGGCACAGCUGGAAAGCCUGACUCAUCUAAUAGGCUUCCAAUUUGCUUGUUAAAUUAG